CCGGCCGAGGCUCAUUGCUUUGGCGCCGUCUGGGGAGCACGAGCCCGCGGGUGGCGCGCAGCGCAUGGUGGCGGCUCCUCUCGGAGCGCAGCCGACCCGCUGACCCGGGCUCCGUUUCCCCUGACCAGCGCGUCCCGGAGGCCGGCUGGAGGCCGAAACAGCAGCAGCAUUAGCAGCAGCAGCGGUCGCGGCUGCUCCGCCGCCGCCGUCUCCGCGGGAGCAUGGAGUGCGCCCUGGACGCCCAGAGCCUGAUCAGCAUCUCCCUGCGCAAGAUCCACAGCUCCCGGACCCAGCGCGGCGGCAUCAAGCUGCACAAGAACCUCCUGGUGUCCUACGUGCUCCGCAACGCGCGCCAGCUCUACCUGAGCGAGCGCUACGCCGAGCUCUACCGGCGCCAGCAGCAGCAGCAACAGCAGCAGCCGCCCCACCACCAGCACCAGCACCUCGCGUACGCGGCGCCGGGCAUGCCGGCCAGCGCGGCCGACUUCGGCCCGCUCCAACUUGGCGGCGGCGGGGACGCGGAGGCGCGCGAACCUGUCGCCCGGCACCAGCUGCACCAGCUCCACCAGCUCCACCAGCUGCACCUCCAGCAGCAGCUGCACCAGCACCAGCACCCGGCGCCCAGGGGCUGCGCGGCGGCGGCGGCGGCCGGGGCGCCCGCGGGCGGCGCGGGGGCGCUCUCGGAGCUGCCCGGGUGCGCCGCGCUCCAGCCGCCGCACGGCGCGCCCCACCGCGAUCCCUUGGAGCCGCUGCAGCCGGGUCUGCGCCUCUACGCCCCACCGCCGCCCCCGCUCCCCGCCUCCCGCUUGCCCUCCUCGCCUCGGCCUCCUGCUCCGCCUCCCUCCCGCCCCCAUUUGCCGCCCCUCAGCUACCCCCCGGCCGCCUCCCCGCCCGCCUCCCCGGCCCCCGCCUCCUCCCCGCUUCUACCGGGCGCGUACCCGGCCCCCUCGGACUUCGGCGUGCACUGCAGCAGCCAGACCACCGUGCUGGACCUGGACACUCACGUGGUGACCACGGUGGAGAACGGCUACUUGCACCAGGACUGCUGCGCCUCCGCCCACUGCCCCUGCUGUGGCCAGGGCGCCCCGGGACCCGGCCUGGCGUCCGCCGCCGGCUGCAAGCGCAAGUAUUACCCAGGCCAGGAGGAGGAGGACGACGACGACGAGGACGCGGGCGACCUGGGGGCCGAGCCCCCCGGGGGCGUCCCGUUCGCCCCCUGCAAGCGCGCCCGCUUCGAGGACUUCUGCCCGGACUCGUCCCCGGACGCGUCCAACAUCUCAAACUUGAUCUCCAUCUUUGGCUCGGGCUUCUCCGGGCUAGUGAGCCGACAGCCGGACUCCUCUGAGCAGCCGCCGCCGCUCAACGGGCAGCUGUGCGCCAAGCAGGCGCUCGCCAGCCUCGGCGCCUGGACUCGAGCCAUUGUCGCCUUCUAGGGACCCCCGAGGGCACGGGGACCCGGGGCCCCGCGGGGCUGGGGCCAG